UUUGCGUUUGGAUUUCUGUCUCGUGGGAUCCAGAAUGAAUAAAAAAGAUAAAAUUAAGAGAAAGUCUGAAGCAGUGAGCCGUUGUUGACAUUUGACCUCUUCUGAUGUUAUACUUUCAUAGACAUCGUGAUUUGUGUACAAAACAACACCAGCUUUAAAGGGUUUGCUCCUGGUGUUGAGAAUAUGGUUAUAUGAAAUCACAUGAGCAUCUUUAUAGCACUCAGUGAAAGGAAAUGUCACACUGAGCCAUUUUUGAUGUGCUGUUUCAGGAAUGUGUUUCGGUAUUUGAAUUCAGACAGUGUAAAGUUGUAUUUUUCUCUUUAGUAAACACAACAGCUGAAAAACUAUUUUUCUUGACAUUUUGUGAGUUUAUUUUGUCGACUUAUUAGACAAAGUAGUGAACUCGCUGGUCUAACAUCUCCGAGCUGAGACUACAGGGCUGUCAGACCAUCGCUGCUUGAGAAACAAAGUCGUAUUAAGAGACAAAACCAGCUGAUUCACUGGUUCAGUAGACAUUUCUGCAACACGGUGCGAAGAUGUGACGUCAGUACUGUUGUUUUUUCUGUUCAUAAUGUUAGUUGAGUUUGUGGCAGUUAAAAAUACAUUAAAUUCAACUAAAAAGAUGCGUAAAUAUCUGGAGUAUCGAUAAAAACAACAUCUCUUGAAGAUACAAUCAACUACAAACCACCAAAACUAUUUUAAAACUGAAAAACUCAUGAGACAUUAAAGUCCGUCUGUUAAUAUGUUAAAAAAUAAACAGCUGUCCACUUGUGAGCUCCUUGAAAGUUGAAAAACAUCAUCAGGUCAUCGACUCGUUUCCCCUUAAUUAACCUUCAGCAUCUAUAAUUAACACGAGCAACUGAGGGUUUAAAAAGUUUUUAACGAGGGAACGCCAUCCACCCAUAUCCUGCGCUGAGAUCCCUGAUGAUGACACACACACACACACACACACACACACACACACACACACACACACACACACACACACACACACACACACACAGAGCCUCAGUGAUGUGAGUGAUAUAAAUAAAUAACUGAUCCAUUGAGCCAAGACCAGCCGAGCUCCCAGAAGCCCUCGGGAAACUCCCAGAGUUCUCUCUUGUACGUCAUCACCGCCUCCUGUUGCCUAGCACUCUCACACAUCACCCACCUCCUUACUGCCUUAAAAAAAUAAAAAAAUAAAUAAUAAUAUGAUAUUCAGACAUUUCAAACCAGGUGUGAAAUGUCUGGGGGAGAAAUGAUUCUGAGGAGACGUGGCAGGUUUUUUUUUGCUUUUAUAAAAUAUCAAACCUCUGGACUGUUCCUGGUUUCAGAAAUGCUCCAUGAUGGUGUAAUCGCUUCACAUCAGCAAAUAAAAUAUAAAAGGUUUGGUGCAGAAAUGUCACAUAUCUGGAUUUGGAGGCUAGAAAUGAGGAUAGCAGGGUUAGAAAACUAAUUAUUCGGACUGUUGCUGUUUUCACAUUGAUCUCCUCCACCCCCUCUCAUUUUAUAUGGCAUGUGGAUCAAUGAGAUCUAACCCAUCCACCCUGUGGGCAGGAGGGGGAGGGGAGGCCGGGGACAAAUGUGAGAAACUGCUGCUACACUGUGAUGGAAAGAGUUGCAAAGGGGAGGGGAGAGAGAGAGACGGCAUACGAUAGAGAGAGAGAGAGAGGGAGAGAGGGGGAGAGAGAGAGGUGAUAUCAGACAUUCUUCCAGAGCUUCUUCCUAUCACAGCAUCCAUCCACACAGUCAGUCCUCUCCUGCUGCUUCACCCAGGAUUACAGCCUCAAAGUCGGACAUGGACAGUACCAAGGAUCCCUCCAACACUCUGGUGCUGGAAUUUAAAGAAGACCCUGCACUGACAGAGAUGAUGCGUCUUCGUGUGUCGUCUUUGCAGAAGUCAGGACAGAAGCGUCAGGAAGGCGAGCGUCUGCUUCUUCCCCACGAGGCCGUCUAUCGGCUGGACUUCCCCAAUCAGGAGCUGAACUUCUCCCGCUGGUACUUCUCCCUCAGCGGCUACGGUCGCAUCACCAUCACCGGCAUCUGCCAGCUCUGGACCCCCGACCUCACCCACCUGAUGACGCGUCAGCUGCUGGAGCCCAUCGGUACAUUUUGGCGAAACGCCGGCGAUCCGGAAGAUUCGCCACUUAAAUGGCUGGAGGCGGACAUGCAGGAGUUCGGCGAAAGGAUCGCUGAGCUGGCCAAGGUCAGGAAGGUCAUGUACUUCCUGUUCGCCUUCAAGGAAGGUGCGGAGGCGACAAAUCUGAGCUGCUCGGUGGAGUUCACUGUCGACAAGUGACUCCUCACCUUUCACCAGUAGAGUCGUGUUAGAGUUCUGGAACAGCAUCACACUAUUCUGUUCGUCUUUGACCUUCACACAGUAGAGCUGAAUGAAAACUUUGCAACCUUUUUCUAGCACUAAAAGAAAUCCAUCAUCUUAAAUAUUCUCCCUCAAACGCUCGUUAUUUCUCCUCCACUCAUUAACCUCAACACGAUCGUAGAUGUCAACAGGCCAUUUGUACAUUUUAACACGUGGACGCCAAGUCAAACAUUUUUCAGCACUUAUCAAAAAAAAAAGCUUUGACAGAAGUAUUUUUCACAAAACAAAGCUCAAAAAUAUAAAUCCAGGGCCAAAAAUAAGAUGCACUUUAUUUAAACUUAAUACAGAACUCAACUUGUAAGUUUCCUGGUGCUAUUUAAAAGAUCAAUGUAUCAUCAAAAUAAAUCAAUUAAUUUUUUCAGAAACCUGAGCAUUCAUAAAAAAUACAGCAUUAUAUUAUUUGUUGCCAAUGUUGAAUCUUCAUAAUUAAUAACUGAAUUUGUAUAACUCUAACUGAUAAAAAUGUUUUAUGAAAUCAUCAACUUUUGAAUAUAAAACUGUAAAUAAAAACAAGCCUUUUCUGAUCAGCUGAAUAUUAAUAUGUGACUAAUUAAUGAUUGAUGAGUGAUUUGCUCGUUGUAACUGUCGUUGCUGUUGUUGUUCUUUGUUUCUGACUCGCAGAACGAGUAGCAGUGAGUGGAAUAUCUAAUAUUCACAUUGCAUGAGUGUCGGCCUGACACAAAACAAAGAUCAAUGGAGUGACAUCUAUUAAACAUCGACUGAAAGCUGUGUGUGGUCUCAUUGGUCUGAUUGUUAUUGGUGUUACUGGACAGAGAGAGGAGGGAGGGAGGGAGGGGACAAGAGGAGAGCAGUCAAGUCAGGUUUAUAAAUAGCUGGGAUGGAUCAAUUAUAAACCUAGCAAAUGAUAUUCAGCAAUUAUCGGUAUCAGUGUUUUAUUGUUCCCAAUUGCAGAUAAAAUAUAUCAGUUUAAAAAUGCAGUCGGCUGUGAUGCAGCAUCUCGUCUCUGUGGUCGCUUGGUGUCCCGCCCACAACACUCUCUGAUUGGUUUCACGUCACAGGUAACAGCCGUCCAACACUGAAUAAUAUGAAUCUGUAAAGUAGCUGGAAACUUCACGUAUCCCUCCUCAGGGAGUUUACCUGCAGCAGGUGAAACAGCGUUGACAGCAAGGCGUGUUUUGUCCACCUUAAAAAACAUAUAUAUUUUUAUGCGUACUCUAUGUUUUGAACUUUUUCGCUGCUUUACGUUCCCGUUAGACGGCCCUUUACUUUGGGACUACAUUCCCUCAAAUGUACAACGUCAUUUUUCCUACAUUUGAAGGAUUUUAAUAAACUGUUGUGUUUCUCUGUGUGUUUCUCUGUCUUCUUUUCUGUGUUUCAGCUGGACGGACUGAGAGGAAACAAUGUUGUGUUUACAGUAUCUGUUCAUAAGUUACAAUAGUUCCCAGUUCUAUUUAGUUUCCAGUCAAAUCUUCCAUCAGACUGGAGCCAGAUCCUGGCAGUAACACAGUGUUGUCAUGUUUCUCUACUGCAAGUUGUUUUAUGCUGAAAACUGAACUUUUACUGUGGUGAGUUCGAGAGCCGGUUCGAGAGUAAGGACAGAAACAGGUACAGUUUGAUUUUCAGGUUUUUGUUAACAAUCAAUAAAUAUAUCUGGGAUUUGCAGUUGAAAGAUUUAGAUAUAAGUGGACCUCAAGUUAAUCUAGCAAAUAAAACAAACUGUGGAUGAAUUUUAACUCUAAAUUAGAGACUUUAUAUUGAAAUUUGAAUAUAAUCUUUUCAUAAUCAGUAAAUUCUAUAAAACAGAGCAGGUUGGAACAAAGUAAAUGAUGCAUGAUUUACUACAUCGAGAAUAAAUUUCAUCAAUAUUACUAAAUAAGUCACAUGUUCUAUAAGUAAAGAGAUGCGUGAUGACUGUCUGGGUCACUUUGGAAAAACAGAACGUUGUGAUAAUCGUCAUCACACACCAGAGGCUUAAUAAGUGUUUUAGGACCAGUGUUUGUUCUUGGACCACUGACGGGUGUCAAGACAACUGGCUGCUCCACCGAGGCAACAGCUCCUCAAACGGGCUUCAGUUUCCCUCCAGCUGAUGGAAAACUGAGAGCUGCAGCAGACCUCCGAGACCAGACAGGAGGAAGGAGGUACCCAACAGUGGAAAAAACACAAGUACACACGCACACGCACACGCACACACACACACACACACACACACACACAC